UCAGGGUGCUCACUUGACCGGCGUCCAGUUGCUCAACGACACUGUGCACUCUUGCAACCAACUGACGACCUCUAAUGUUCCCGCCGACAUGAGAGUCGCCGCGUCACCCAAGGAUGGCAAGACCUUUUUCCUCUUUGGACCCAAGGGCUCUGGCUGGUACGACAUCGACUCAGCCACGACUCCCUCGGACAAGCCUGUCUCGACCACAAGCGAGUUCCACCCCUUGCCUGCCCUGAACGUUACCGUGCCUCGCACCGCUAACUGGGAAGGCUCUAUCUAUGUCUUUGGCAAGAACGAUGCUGGUGUCGGUGUCUGGAGCGUUAACACCACUGUCGGUGCACCUUAUACCAUCGUCCCCGAGUCCCAGGGAGCUCCCAUCUCUGGAGACUUUGGCGUCGCCAACUGCGGUACGGGUAUCAUUGUCUAUGGUGGCUGUGCCUCCGCUGAUAAAUGUUCGACCAACCUGAAACCUGGUGAGUCCCUUACUCCAGGUACCAUCACUCCUCCCACCGUAAUCUACGUCCCUGGUACCGGUGGAUCCGGAGGAGGUGGAUCCGGUGGCGGCGGAUCUGGUGGCUCUGGAGGUGGAGGAUCCAGUGGUGGUGGAACCGGUGGUGGCGGAUCUGGAGGCGGAGGAACCGGUGGUGGUGGAACCGGUGGUGGUGGAUCUGGAGGUGGAGGAACCGGUGGUGGUGGAUCUGGCGACGGUGGAUCCGGUGGUGGUGGCUCUGGUGGUGGAGUCUGGAUCCCAGCCCCAGGCCCCGACGUCCCCACUGGUGCCCCAUCUGGUGGCCCUACUGUCGUUCCUCCCACAUCCACUUCCUCUGGUUCUUCCGUCGUUCCUACUGGUCCUAUUCUCCCUGGCGGCAGCGACGGUUCCAAGACCUCUGGCGGCGGAAAUCACACUGGCGCUAUCAUCGGAGGCAUUCUCGGUUUUCUGGCCCUGAUCUGCCUGAUUGCUUUGCUGUUCAUCUUUGCCCGUCGUCGCAGAAGACACCAGGAGGAGGAGUAUGCUGCUGGAGGUAUUGGCGGUGCUGGUCACUCCGAGUACAGCUCUGCUCAUGGCGGAAUCCCACCUCUGGCUCCUGUUGGUCCUUUCGGUGAUCUGGAUGACGUUGUUGUUCAAGACAAGGACUUGCCUGGCGGUCCUUCCGGUAACAACGCCUACCCUGGUGGUCCUUCUGGUGACUCGUCUGUUCCUGGUGGUCCCUCUGGAUCUGGUCACGGUAUUCCCCCUGGUGCGAUCGCUGGCGGUCUUAUUGGUGCCGGUGCCCUCGGUGCCGCUGCCGCUAACCGUAAGGACAAGGAUGACCGUGAAGAGGUUUCCCAUGGUCAUGUUGCCCCUGUCCCUGUUCCCGGUGGUCCUUCUAAUGAUUCUCGUUACCCCGGUGGUCCUUCCGGCGACUCAAGCUUCCCUCCUGGCGGUCCUUCCGGCAACAACACUUACCCCGGUGGUCCUUCCAACAACAGUGCUUAUCCCGGUGGUCCUUCUGGUCCCUCUGGAUCUGGUCACGGUAUGCACCCUGGUGCGAUCGCUGGCGGUCUUAUUGGUGCCGGUGCCCUUGGUGCUGCCGCUGCUAAUCGUAAGAACAAGGAUGACCGUGAAGAGGUUUCCCAUGGCCAUGUUACCCCUGCUCCCGUUCCUGGCGGUCCAAAUGACAACACCACUGAGACCCAGAAUGGUCGCGGUGCUCCCGUUCCUGUUCCUGUUCCCGGCGGACCUACCUCUGAUAACUCGACCAAGAGACCUACCGGCCCUGGUGGAGUGUACCCUGUUGGAGGCACGACCACUACCGAGACAACUGAGGAGGUUGAGGAGACUUCCUCUGAUAGCCACCUCGGCAGAAACGUCUUGUUGGGCGGCGCUGUUCUCGGUGCCGGUGCUGUCCUUGCCGGUAAUAAGCGCUCUGACUCUAACGAAUCGACCACGAUAACCAGCAAGACCACUGUCACGACCACCAAGAACGGCGGCCGCAUCUACACCACGACCGGCACUGGUGGCCGCACUGUGGUUACUGAACGCUCUGAAAAUGGUUCCCCUCGUCACGUCUUGACCGGUGUUGUUCCUGACACUACCACUGUUCGCACCAUCACUCAGCGUACCGAGACUGGCGAGGACAUCCUCAUCCCUGUUGAUGCCCCCGAGGGCGAGGAGCGCGAGAUUAUCACUGAGCGCGACCAUAACGGCAAGAUCCGCUACAUCAUUGGAGGAAUUAUUGCUGGCGCUGCCGGCGCUGGUAUCGUUCGUCAUAUCGUUUCUUCGCGCACUGAAUCUAAUUCUGGAGAGACCACCCACAUCAUUCCCGGUGGAACUACGACUACGACUUCUUCGACCCGUAUCAUCACUGAGCGCACCUCCACUGGAGAGAUUCGCCAUGUUAUUGUUGGCGGCUUCAGCGGCAAUGCUAUCCGUGUCUUGACCGAGCGCACCGUGUCUGGCGAGGCCCGCCUGAUCCCUACCAACGAGCCCACUGGAGAACUCCACCAUGUUAUCACUGAACGCACCGAGUCUGGCGAUACCCGUUACAUUAUUGGCGGUAUCAUUGCUGGAGGAGCAAUCCGCACUGUUACCGAGCGCACCGAGUCUGGCAGCACCCGCGUCAUCCCUGGAGGCGUCUGCUCUGUUACCUCAUCGACCCGCAUUGUGACCGAACGUACCUCGACUGGUGAGAUCCGCUACAUCAUUAUUGGUGGCUUCAGCGGAAACGCUAUCCGUGUCAUUAUUGAGCGUACUUCGUCUGGAGAGACCCGCAUGACCCCCACGAACGAGGAGACCGGUGAGCUUCGCCAUGUCAUUACUGAGCGCACCGAGACUGGUGAGACCCGCUACAUUGUCGGAGGCAUCAUUUCCGGUACUACGAUUACUCGCGUGAUUAUGGGACCCCGCAUUGUGACCGAGCGCACCUCGACUGGCGAGAUCCGCUAUGUGAUUAUUGAUCAGUACAACGGCAACGCUAUCCGCACCAAGUUUGAGCGCAACGUGGAGACCGGCGAGUGGGUCCAUAUCCCAGUUAAGGAGCCCGAGGGUGAGCUGCGCUAUGUGACUGAGGAGAGAACCGAGUCCGGUGAGAUCCGCAAGGUCAUUGGCGCCGUCAUUACCGGAAAUGUUACCACGACCACCCGUACCGUCUCUGGAGGCGUUGUCCCUGAGGGUGCUUCGACUUCGACCCAGACCCGCAUCGUUGCUGAGCGUAAUGAGUCCGGAGAGACCCGUUAUUACCAGAUUACCAACGGACCCGACGGACAGGAGAUCCGCACUGUUGUUGAGCGCACCGAGGAUGGCGGUUUCCGCAUCCCAGGAGGCGCCGUUGUUGUCGGAGCUGGAGCCACCUUGGUUGGAAACAACCACCAGACCACUACCACGACCCGUGUUGUUGGAGGUGGUACUUUGACCCCCGCUGAGCAGGCCGCGAACAAGACCCAGAUCACUCUCAAGUUGAGCAUUAUGCGCUACGAGCGUGCUGACGCCUCUGCUGCCGUCCCUAACGCCGCUGUUGGCGCCGUCAUGUUCUCUAAAUUCAAGAUGCUCGCACCCGGUGAUGUCAACAUUGAGGACACUGCUUACUCGCACGUUGAGGAGGUUAAAGCCCCCAACGCUCGUCGCACGAUCAAGUGGAUGAAGACCGAGGCCCACUGGAAGCGUGAGGCUGUCCUACAUGCAGACAGAGCAGCUGUCGUCGAUCCAGAUCCGUCAAUUGACCGCUUCGCUCUCGGAUGCUCUCCGCUGGUGCCACGAGCAUCAUGUUGUUCACCUGAACGUCCGCCCUGCUUCGUUCUACCUCGAGGGUGUUCCUGGACAGGAUGCGAAGAACAGCAACGGACAGCUGAUCUGGAAGCUUUGGAACUUCGGCCAUGCACGCUUUGUCGGUGAGACCGUCGAUACCUCUGUUACAACGGUCACCUAUGCUGCCCCUGAGAUCUUGAACGGACGCAAGAAGAGUGAUGCCAAUGUCCUGUCGUCUGUCUCGAUGGAUCGCUGGUCCCUGGGAUUGAUUAUCUACGAGUUGCACGCCCGCAAGACCUACUUCUCUUCGAACGCGUUCGCCGAGUUCCAGUUGACGAACGACGACGGAGUUAAAUUCGAGCCUGCUUUGGACGCCGUCCGGGAAGACGAUGCCCGCCAGGCUAUCAGGGGAUUGCUGGAAGUCGAUGCCGAGAAGCGUUACACGCACGAGACAUUGCGCGAGGUCUACUUUGGCAAGACAUAAA